AUGCCAUAUCAGCAUGACAAAAUAAACACUUCGCAUACUCUCUACAGACCACCAUCAUCCGCUUAUUUCGAUGCAUGCGGAGUCCUCAAUAGGCAGGUGAGCGAUAUAGUUAUCUCAUCUGCAUGCAGCGAGCCAUGGGGCAAAAAUGGGUUGGUUAUCAGCUGCGAUUUUCCAGAGAACAAGCUCCGCAAAGAGAUAAGCGAGACCCUUGAAAGGGGACAUGAUGCUGAUCUCGCCGUCCGUGCAUCGCGACUAGACAAUCUCUAA